AAAAAAAUUAAUAAAUAUUUCUAAACAAAAAAUUUGAUAACAAUAUUUAUUUAUAAAAAGUAAAAAGAUAUGCAACCUCAACCUUAACCUGUCUAUGUUAUGAAUGCACCUAAUCCUGCAGAUAUGAUUAGAUGUAAACUCCCAAGUCCAUUCGAUGGUGGAUAUGCAGAUAUUAUAGUAGAUCCAUAGAAUUUUAUAGUUCUCCCUCCUGUCUAAGAAAAAAAGUCAUUUUUUGAUAAGUUGACAGAAGGAGCUAAUAAAGUUGCUCAUCAAGCAACUUCAAUCACUAAAAAUUUUGUUGAUAACAGAAAGCCUGUUAUUUGUGUCUAUUGUACAGCUUAUUAAACAAUCGAUAAUAACCAAAUUAACUAUUACUGUUGUAAUUGCAAGUAUCUUAACAACAAAGCUUAAGCCCCUAUUAGAAAAACAAUUUUCUGCGGAAACUGUAAUGCAAAAUAAGAAGUUGAUCUAGGAACUACUUGGUAUACAACUUGUUCUAAGUGUGCAAGACUCAAUAUUAUUCCUCUUUUAAAGCCUAUGUUCUAAGUUCCUCCUGGUCAUCCUUGCUUAAAUGAUGCUUAAUCACAACAACAGGGAUAAUAAGUAUAACAAAACUAUAACGGAUAACUCUAACAAUAACAAUUUAUGUAUAAUGCAAAAUAAUGA